GCAAACAACAUUGAGGAGCAUGAGGGAAGAGUGGGGACAUGGAUUAGCCAUGAUUGUAUGGAAUGGCCUAGCAGCAGUUUGAAGGGCCGAAUAGCCUGUUCCUGCCAAUAAUUUCAGUUUCUUGAAUUAUUGCAACAUGUACUCCUGAACUUUAGCUCAGUGUUGGUCACGCAUUUGGAAGACAGCUCCGUGCAUUUCUUAUUCUCCUCACGUUAUAUUCUCAUUGACCACUGACAGGGCCUUUGAACACUUUAAACUUGUUCGUUCAUUCAUGAUCUGGGUCUUUAUCUUUGUACUGUGAUUGAAAUGGCAACAUUGAUUAUUUCUCAUCCCUGAUUUGGAGCUUGUUUUUAACACUAACGCCGAGGUGCUAGUCUGAUGGGAUUUUGGUAUUUGAAUCCAUGUCUCAGUCAUGCCCUUGUGACAAACAGUCAUUCAAAGUCACUGGGCUGCUGCCUGGUUGGUCCGUGUUGCAAAGGCAUCUGAUAAGAAGCUUCGUGUAGGAAAGAACUGCAGAUGCUGGUUUAAAUCGAAGGUAGGAACAAAAUGCUGUCGUCUUCUUUUGUGUCCAUCAUCUACGUUUCAAAUGUUCGGCCAGGCUCUUGCACAGUGGACAGGCUUCUCAUUUGCCACCGCUAGAUCUUCCAGGCAGCAUUGUUCACCAAGAAGUGGGCAUCUUAGCAGGUGUGGCAUGGAUUGUACAGAUCUUCCCCAUUCACAUUCUGUGUCUGCCGCAUCUGCAUAGCCCCACUUGCUCAUAUUGGUCUUGCAUCGGCCCAUAUCUGUACAUGCCUAUUGAGGGACUUCCAGGUCUUCCAGUCACACCUGUGACCAGGUGGUAGCUGCUUCUUGGUUGGGAUUGGCAUCUUUACGUGGUGAUGGUUUUCACUGCGUUUCUUUUCUCACAAGGCUAGUCUGGAUGCUUGAGGAGUCUGUGACAGCAGCUGGACUGUGUGAAGGAAACUCUUCCUUGACUUGUUGUUUUGGGGCUGGGUGAUGGGAGUGACAGGAAUGGCGGGUGUCCCCAACUUGCCCACUACGUUCAGUUCUACUGGCAGCUGAUCUGCGGAUUACUGGUGGAGCAACACCGGCCAAGACAUGCAAGCUAUCCACAUCUGUUCAUUUUAGGCAGCCAGUGAUGCAUCUGUAGCUGGCAUUAAGGGUGGCAUCAACUUUCUUCACAUGAGAUGAACUCUCCCAAACAGGACAAGCAUACUCUGCAGCAGAGUAGCACUGCACAAGAGCAGUUGACCACAGUGUGGAUGCAUUGGUACCCCACAACGAGUUUGCCAGCUUGUGUAGGAGACUGUUCCUCAUCCUCACUUUGCCCUUCACCCUUUCGAAGUGUUGCUUGAGGAGAGGGUUCGGUCCUGUGUGACCCCAAGUUAGACAUGGUAGUCACAGUGUCGCAAAGGGGCACCAUUCCAUGUUUAGGACAGCUUCCUCCCACUUGGGUCUUAGCUGGGUUUGCCUUCAGUUGGUUGUCCUUAUAGUAGUUUGUCAAGUUGUCCAAGGAUGAUAAGAGGGUAGCUUCUACCUCAUAUAAAAAUUGUCUGCUGGAGUGUGCAAUAUAAUGUGCAAUAUUUCUACUAUCUAUUUAUUUUAUUCAUUGAUCUUGCUGGUAAUAUGAGAGUUAAUCGUUGAUUGUGUUUUUGUUCUUUUAAAUCUUUUUAUCCUGUGCCUUGUAUUGUAUACCACUGAAGGAGAUGCACUGAAAUUUUGUUGUACAGUUGCUGUGCAAUGACAAUAAAACGUAUUCUAUUCUACAGACCGAUAUGGUUUACAGUCCGAUAUGGCUUUCCGCCAUAUUUUAGGUAGCUGUGAGAGGGUUACACAAUUGUUGAACAGCAAGAGGAGCCACUCUCCUGUAAUCUGCCCAAAAUGUUUGAUCUGUUCUGUGCGAAUGUCAUCAAGGCCAGCUGCCUUGCCAUUCUUGAGGUAAUCGAUUGCUGUCUGGAGUAACUUGCUGUUAAAGUACCAGGUUGAUUCUCUAUCACCCUGAUGCCAUAGACUCCUUUUGUGGCGCUUCUUGUGUGGUGGUUUGCUGAGUUCUUAGUUUUGUGUUCAUUCUUCCCAUGACUCUUGACGCAGUCCAUGUGGUUGUCCCUGAAAUGGCCAAGCAAUCUGUUCAGUUGUCAAUAGCGCACCACAACCCUUUCCAGGGGCAAUUUGAGAUGAAAAGGAAAUGAUGUCCUUGUUGAUAAUGUCCAUAUCCUGAAAAUGGAAUUAGAGGUUCAUACCCAGGGCUCAAGAUGUGAUCUAAAGUAGAGCCACUGCCCCACAGCGCUAGGGAGUUUAGAUUAGAAUACAGCAUGGAAACAGGCCUUUUGGCCCACCGGGUCCAUACCGAUCACCCGUUAUACGAGUUUUAUGUUAUGCCACCUUCUCACCCACUCCCCACACCAGAGGCAAUUUAGAGAGGCCAAUUAACCUACAAACCUGCACAUCUUUGGGAUAUGGGAGGAAACUGGAGCACCUGUAGGAAACCCACUUUCACAGGGAGAAUGUAUAAUGUCCACACCUGAGGCCUGAAAGAAUGAGGGAGGGGAGGGAGGAGGUGGGGUCAGUGAUGGUGAAAGUUGGGAAAAGGAGAAAUACAACAGGAUCUGGGGGUCCUUGUUCAUCAGUCAAUGAAAGUGAGCAUGCAGGUACAGCAGGCAGUGAAGAAAGUGAAUGGCAUGUUGGCCUUCAUAACAAGAGGAGUUGAGUAUAGGAGCAAAGAGGUCCUUCUGCAGUUGUACAGGGCCGUAGUGAGACCACAUCUGGAGUGUUGUGUGCAGUUUUGGUCCCCUGAUUUGAGGAAGGACAUUCUUGCUAAUGAGGGAGUGCAGCAUAGGUUCACAAGGUAAAUUUCCGGGAUGGCGGGACUAUUAUAUGCUGAGAGAAUGGAGCGGCCGGGAUUGUAUACUAUGGAAUUUAGAAGGAUGAGAGGGGAUCUUAUUGAAACAUAUAAGAUUAUUAAGGGUUUAGGCACACUAGAGGCAGGAAACAUGUUCCCGAUGUUGGGGGAGCCAGAGCCAGAGGCCACAGGUUAAGAAUAAGGGGUAAGGCAUUUAGAAAGGAGAUGAGGAAACACUUUUUUACAUAGAGUUGUGAGUCUGUGGAAGUCUCUGCCUCAGAGGGCGGUGGAGGUCGGUUCUCUGGAUACUUUCAAGAGAGAGCUUGAUAGGGCUCUUAAAGAUAGCAGAGUCAGGGGAUAUGGGAAGAAGGCAGGAACGGGGUACUGAUUGUAGAUGAUCAGCCACGAUCACAUGGAAUGACGGUGCUGGUUCGAAGGGCCAAAUAGCCUACUCCUGCACCUAUUGUCUAUUGUCUGGCAAAGAACUCCAGAUGCUGGUUGAAAUCGAAGAUAGACACAAAAUGCAGCAGUAACUCAGCGUGUCAGACAGCUGGUCAGCGGGUCAGGCAGGUGAGUGGUCUAAUGUUUUUGGUUUGUUUCUCUCCACAGUUGCUGACAGAAUUGGUGGGUGUUUGCAGCAUUUUGCAUUGCAUGUAUUCAAGGCUGAGGUCAAUGGGUUUUUUUAGACAUAUGGACAGGGAGGACUGACACCGGUUUAAAUGAGUGACAGCAUUUUGGAUGGGACGAAUGGACUCAUGCUGGUGUUGCCAUCACCCCCAGCUCACGUGAAGUCUGGUCGCCCGAUCAGCCAGCGUGUCCUCGCAGACCAACCAAUCACAGCAGCAUUUGCGCGCAGUACCGCAUCCAAACGGACCAAUAGCGGACUGCGCUCUAUCUGACCAGUCCCAAUGCACGCUGCCGACCAGCCACUAGGGAGGCGCAAGUGCCGCGGCCGUCGACCAAUGGGCGAGCGCGCUGGGAUCCGGCGCGAUCCGGUCUGAGGCGGCGUCUCGCGCAUUGGGCGGUUCCAGGCCGGCGGCGGAAGUGUAGGCGGGAGGCCUGGCUUGUAGGCCCGACUGCAGGAAAGACGCAGCGCGGGUGCACCCUGUCUGCGGACACCCACACACCCCGCCGCUUAAAGGGACUGCUCAGGGCGCUCGGAGCAUGACCUGGGCCGGGAGGUCAUCGCAGUACAACUAUGGCAUCUGAAGAGGCUUCUCUGCGUGCGCUGGAGAGUCUUAUGACUGAAUUUUUCCACAGCUGCACGACAAACGAACGGAAAAGGGAAAUCGAAGAGUUGUUGAAUAAUUUUGCACAACAGAUUGGAGCAUGGCAGCAUUGUAUUUACUUCUUAUCCAACACUCGCAAUGAGUACGUCAUGAUGUACAACUUGACUGUGUUUGAGAACCUGAUUAAUAAGAUGUGGCUGGGAGUUCCUUCUCAGGACAAGAUGGAGAUUCGAAGCUGCCUACCUAAGCUUCUGUUGGCACACCACAAGACAAUGCCAUACUUCAUCCGCAACAAGUUAUGCAAAGUAAUUGUGGAUAUUGGUCGGCAGGACUGGCCAAUGUUUUACCAUGACUUCUUCUCCAGCACGUUGCAGUUAAUCCAGGCUCCUUCCACCACGCCUUUGGGUCUAAUCAUGUUGAAGACCACCUCGGAGGAGUUAGCGUGCCCACGGGAGGACCUCAGUGUGGCACGGAAGGAGGAACUCCGGAAACUGCUGUUGGAUCAAGUGCCAGCAGUGCUGGGUCUUCUCACAGGUAUUUUAGAGACCAUUUGGGAUAAAAACAGUGUUACGGCUGCUACUCCACCUCCCUCCCCAACGUCAGGAAAUAGUGGUGAUUUACUUAGCAGCCUAUUGCAGGCUCCCCUAGCUGCCAAAUUAUUAAACCAGCCAAUUCCAAUCUUGGACCCAGAGAGUGAACAAGUUUGUUCUCUGGCUCUGGACUGUCUCACUCAUCUCUUCAGCUGGAUCCCACUCUCCACCAGCAUCACCCCUACGCUCCUCACCACCAUCUUCCAUUUUGCUCGUUUUGGCUGUGACACCCGUGCCAAGAAGUUAGUUGCUGUGAAUGGAAAUGGUCACAACAACAACCUGAUGCCAGAGCGAGGCAAGCUGGGUGUGCUGGCCAUGUCUUGUAUUAAUGAACUCAUGUCGAAGAACUGUGUCCCUGUGGAGUUUGAGGAGUAUCUGCUGCGCAUGUUCCAGCAGACCUUCUACUUGCUGCAGAAAAUCACCAAAGAGAACAAUGCACACUCCAUAAAGAGUCGUUUAGAAGAGCUGGAGGAAAGCUAUGUGGAGAAGUUCACGGACUUCCUGCGCCUGUUUGUCAGCGUGCAUCUGCGGAGGAUCGAGUCCAACUCGCAGUUCCCAGUGGUAGAGUUCCUCGGCCUUCUCUUCAAGUACACCUUUCAUCAGCCUAGUCACGAGGGUUAUUUCUCUUGCCUUGAUAUCUGGACGAUAUUCCUGGAUUACCUGACCAGUAAAAUCAAGAGCCGGCUGGCUGAUCGGGAUGAGGUGCUCAACAGGUACAAAGGUGCAUUGGUCAUGUUGCUGACUGAGGUCUUGCAUCGCGUACAGUUCCGCUACAACCAAGCACAGCUUGAAGAACUUGAUGAUGAGACACUGGAUGAUGAUCAACAGACUGAGUGGCAGCGCUACCUGCGGCAGAGCUUGGAGGUGGUGGCCAAAGUGAUGGAGCUUCUCCCGUCCCACGCCUUUUCUACAAUCUUUCCCAUCUUGCAGGAUAACCUUGAAGUUUACCUGGGUUUGCAGCAGUUUGUUGUAACCACUGGACAAGUUCACAGACUGAAUAUCACAGCAGAGAAUGACUGUCGCCGUUUGCAUUGCUCUUUGCGUGAUCUCAGCUCGCUCCUUCAGACCAGUGGUCGCCUGGCAGAGUAUUUUAUUGGGGACGUAUUUGCUGGCAGGUUUAAUGAUGCGCUCAGAGUAGUUGAAAGGCUAGUGGAAGUGACAUCGUAUGGGUCCCAAAUCAAGUUGUACGAUAUGGAAACAGCAGUGCCAUCUGUGCUGAAGCCAGAUUUAAUUGAUGUCCACGCUCAGUCACUGGCCGCGUUGCAGGCCUACUCCCAUUGGCUGGCCCAGUUUUACAGCGAGGUUCAGCGGCAAAACCCAGAUCAAUUUGUCUCUCUCAUCUCCACUACGAUGGAAGCCACUGCUCCCCUCAUCAGCUCAAAGGUGCCAGAGAAGCUGCUGCUGUCAGCGUGCCAUCUGCUGCUGUCGUUGGCCACUACCAUACGGCCCGUCUUUCUGGUCAGGAUACGAGCCGUGCAGAAAAUCUUCGACAGGAUCACCGACGGCUCUGCUCGACAGCUCCCCCAAGAGGGUAAGGUGCUGGUAUGUCGGGCCUUGUCCAACAUGUUGCUGUUACCGUGGCCAAACCUCCCUGAGAGUGAGCAGCAGUGGGCUGGCCGUUCUACCAAUCAUACCAACCUAAUAUCCACCCUCACCAGAGAGUAUCGGCAGCUGAAGGACAGCGCAGGACUGUCGCAGAGCAAAGUGGCUCUGGGGGCCACAAAAGCAAUCGUGCAAGACACGCUGAGCAUCCUGAGGUACAUCGUGGAGAACGUGUCUGGGGAGGUGACCAAAUCCCGCCAGAUCUGCUACCAGUCCCUUCAAGAGUCGGUGCAGGUCUCCCUGGCCCUCUUCCCAGUCUUUAUUCACCAGCCGGGUAUCACAGAUGAGAUGCUCAGCUUCUUCCUCACUUUGUUUCAAGGCCUCAGGGUGCAGAUGGGAGUUCCCUUCACAGAACAGAUCAUCCAAACGUUCCUCAACAUGUUCACCAGGGAGCAGUUGGCUGAAAGCAUUCUUGAGGAGGGCAGUGGGGGCUGCCGUGUGGUGGAGAAGUUUCUGAAAAUCCUGCAGGUGGUGGUCCAGGAACCAGGACAGGCGUUCAAGCCGUUCCUCCCCAGCAUCAUUUCCCUCUGCAUGGAGCAGGUCUACCCAAUCGUAGCAGAGCGGUCCUCGCCUGAUGUGAAGAUGGAGCUGUUUGAGCUGCUUUACCAGAUUCUGCACAACAACUGGCGUUUUUUCUUUAAAUCCUCUGUCUUGGCGAGUGUUCAGCGUGGAACAGCUGAGGAACCGAUGGAGAAUGAAGCCCAGUUUGUUUCUGCCAUGCAGGCCUUCGGACAGUCCUUUCUGCAGCCCGAUAUUCAGAUCUUUAAACAGAACCUGUUUUACCUGGAGACACUUAACACCAAACACAAGCUGUACCACAAGAAAAUCUUCCGGACAACCAUGCUCUUUCAAUUCGUCAACGUGCUGCUGCAAGUGCUGGUGCACAAGUCUCACGACCUGUUGCAGGAGGAGAUUGGCAUUGCUGUGUACAACAUGGCCUCUGUGGACUUCAGCAGCUUCUACGCUGCCUUUUUACCCCACUUCCUGGCCAACUGUGAUGGUGUUGACUCCAAUCAGAGAACAGUGCUCGGAAGAAACUUCAAAAUGGACAGGGAUUUGCCUUCGUUUACACAGAGUGUUCACAGACUUGUCAAUGACCUUCGAUACUACAGGCUCUGUAAUGGCAGUUUACCUCCGGGGACGAUCAAACUAUAGCCUCCACGACUGAAGCCUUCUCUCUUGUCCUGUCGCCAGGCUGCCCAGAGCACGGUGCUGGCUGCACCCAUCCAAUACACUGCUGCAGCACUUUGUGUCUUUGUCCUGCAGGAAGAUGUUAGUCGCAUUCAGUAGAUUGACAUGAUGCAGAUCAAUCAUGCACUGAAUAGACAUCUGUCGUUUGCACCUUUGCGUUGAUGUGCUCCUCUCAGCUGUUUCAUUGCAUUGACCAGGGAGUGUGCCGUGGUCAGCACUUUGUUUCCUCGUCUGAAUUGCCUUGAACAUUUCUGCUCUGUGUAGGCAGAGGACUCUCCAUUCUUGGUCAUAUCAUUCCAACGUGAUACUAUUGGCACACGAUCGGUGAAGAGUUUGUGUUGAAAUUGUGUUCAGGUCCAUCAAUCACCCUCUCCAAAUAUAUGCUGGAUUUUUUUAAUGAAGAUUUUAAGUUGGGUAAAUUUAUUUUAUUGUUUUCAUUAGACUUCCACUUACCUUUGCAUAAUUUCUCCUGUGAUCCCUUCCCUACAGAAUUUGAUCCUGUUGGUCCCUGUGUCUGAUUUACUGAAGCUCUGUCAGAUGUAACUGAAUCGGGUAGAAGAGAGAAUGAAAGAAGCAAAUGUUUGAAGCUUGUUGCCAAGUUUUUGGUUUAAAUAUUCAGGACUUGGCCUUGAUUGAUGGUUCUACAUUCGGUACGGAUGCCUGAACUCCAUCCGCUAUGUUCUGAUAGGAAACCUGAUCACUGGCUCUCUGCCAUCCUGUUCCUGAGCCACAGGCUGCCUCGCCUCCAGAAGUCUCAACCCCACGUGUCUGAAGCUGCUGCCCACCCAGCGCUGGAGAGAUGUGGGCCAAGGCACAGCGGCCUCUGGGCUGCUUUGACCUGGGGUUGGGGUGGAAGAGAUGGGGAUCAGACUGCACCUGUGUGGCGCCGAGAUGGUUCUGGAUUGGUUCUGGAGCAGCAGAGAGGAGCAGAUCAGCAGCAGGGAUCCCCCAGCAACCCUGAGCCGCAAGCGGGCAGGCCAGUGAGGGCUGAUGACCCCUUGCUCACACCUGCCAGCUACCCCUGCAUUGCCAGCUAUAGUGUUAAAGUGAGGCCGCUCAGGCUGAAUGUAUUACAUAGGUGGGCAAGCCUCCACUCUACUUGAACAUUCAACCUUUCCUCCCCUAAAGAAGCAAUUGUCCCACCCUUAAAUUUCUAGGUACAAAAAUUCCGGGUCUCUGGAAAGGGGCUUUUGUUAAAUGAAUUAAUGUUGAGCCCAGUUCUCAGUCCUCUUUGGUCUUCCGCAGUCAUCGCUCUAAAGCUGAGCUGCCCAGCUGAUUGUCGGUUUUCCUCAGCUCAGUGGGAAUUGAAGCCUGUUCCAGGGAUCGUAGAAAUGAAACGGCUCCUUCGCUGUGGUACACCAUUCCUCAUUAAGCGCAAAACUCCGCCACGACCUGUCAUCACAUCAGUUCUCAGCCACAAAACACUGCAUUUUUCGCAGUUGCUUUUUUUUCCCUUCUUUUUAAACCCAUUAUGUUUGCCUCGUGAGGCCAAAUUUCUCAACAUUUCAUUUAAAAAGCUGCUAGUGACUUCAAUUGCAUUAAAAAAAAUUGGACUCUGAUUAUGUAGUGGAAUUAAAUGGGGACAAGAUACCAUCCAAAUCAAUGAACUGCUCCAGAUCCCUGAUGGAAGCCCAGUACGUGGUCCCCUGCAGCAACCUGCCUUCCCUGAGUUGGCUGCACCUGAAGUGCAAACAGAAGCAAAGCAGAGGCCUGUUGUCAGACUCUGGACAAUUCAGCCUUGUGCGUAGACACUGGUUAUUGGCUUAUUUGGAUCCUGUGCUCUCUCCUCUCCCUGAUUCCAGGGAACGGAAACAAUGGCUUGUGCUGACUUGCACACCCAGCAGGUCCGGUCUGGGUGCGACACACUACACACUGUCUCUGACUCACCUGAAACCGCUGCCGUUUGUGGGUUCCUGAUCGGCUCUAAUAUCCAGACAUGAUCUCUGGGCUGUGUAUGUUGGUCCAGGGCUAUGCAGAACCUGUCUUCCAUUUAUAUUUUAACCUUUGCUUUGAGCCCCAGGCUUUGUUUUAAGAGAAGGUUCCUUUACAUUUUGCUGCUUGUUGUACAGGAACCAGUGGUACUCUGCAGCUGGCCACCUGUCAAUAGUUUCCUGCCCAUUGGACUUGGAUCACACCCCUCUCUGCUGUGGAAUAUGUGGAUAUCUUUAGAUUGGUUCACUACCACAAUGGGUGGACCUGGCCUCCCGGGUUAGGGCUGUUGCCAAAGCUCCUGUAAGCCCAGUCAGCUCCUGUGUCUUGUGUUGGGGUCAGGGCGCCAUGCUGUGCCUUGUAUUGAAGGAUACAAUCUCCCCAUUCCGCCCAUCGCUGGGAUCUGCUUUGUUCUUCCCCAGGCUACAGGGCCAGACCACCUGUGCCGUGUCCCUGCUCUGUGAGGCUCUGUGCUGAGGGUAGCGAGUUCUACCACUGCACAGCGUCUGAACCUGGCUGAGCGUUUGAGUGGAAGGUGUUGCUCACCCAUUGCCCUGGGCUCUGGUGUUGUCACUGCUGUUGGAGUUCACCUUGUGACGAUGUUAUGCUUCCCUCAGAGCCCAAAGCCCGAGCCCCCGCAGCCCAUGGCCCACUGGCCCUCAUCGUUCCAGGUCAGUGAUGGUCACCUCGUGUAUGGAGCCUUCUCCCUGCUGCUCCCCUUCCCCAUCAAAGAAUGCUUCACCUGCAAUGUGAUUUGAACUGCGCUGUGGUAUUUCUAUCGGGCACUUGUACACAAAAGGGAAUUCCUUGCAGCGUACAAGGUAAAUGAGAUUGGUACCACAGCUGGCAGCACUGGUCCCACCCUUGAACACCGUGGCUGGCCGGUUGUGUGUCGAAAUUUGAUGUUCUGUUUACAAUGUGUACCGAGGACACCCACCUUCAUGGUUAUCGGUGUAAGACCAACUUGCACCAUGUAUAAAGUGGACUCUUGUUUAUUUUUUUAGGAUUAUGGUAAUACUUUGUACAAGUGUACAUUGAUGUGAUUAUAAACAGGUUCCAGCUUUCACCAAGGCUGUGUCAGUGUUUCUGGAUGUAAAUAUGAGACUCUGUAUUGUGCCUGAACACUUGCAAUGAAAAGUGUAUUAAAUCUACACACUGGUUUUACUCUUGGUGUUGAACCCAUUUUGAUUCUGUGACAUUCCACUGCAGAAUUCAACUCUUUUAUAACUGCAUUUUUU